AUGUACGGCUCCGGCUCACAGACCGGUGUCUCGACACCCCGUUCCCAAGCUGUUUCUCGCCCUCUUAUCCUUUCGCACGGCUCGCUCGAGUACUCGUUUUUAAUACCCACUGCUCUCCACUUCAGCGCUUCGCAACUCAAGGAUGCCUUCAUCGCCACCCUCCCUACACCCACAGACGAGCUUGCUCAGGAUGACGAGCCUUCAUCUGUCACCGAGCUGGUAGCUCGCUACAUUGGCUUUGUCGCCCGCGAGUGCGACGAGGGCGAUGACCCGGGCUCCUUCGAGGAAGUGCUCAAGCUCGUUCUGCACGAGUUCGAGCGUGCUUUCCUCCGUGGAAACGAGGUCCACGCCAUUGCUGCUUCUCUUCCCGGCAUCUACGAGAAGAAGCUCGUUACCGUUCAGUCCUACUACGCCGCCAGAGCUGCCGUCAGCAGGCCGAUCAAGUCUCACGAGUCAGCUCUUCUGCGCGAGGCUUCAGACGAGAACGCCUUCAUCUACGCCGUGUUCGGUGGUCAGGGCAACAUUGAAGAGUACUUCGAGGAAUUGAGGGAAAUCUACACCACCUACCCCUCAUUCGUCGAGGACUUCAUCACUGCAGCAGCCGCACACCUCCAGACCCUGUCCAGAGAGCCUCAAGUGGAGAAGCUUUACCCCAAGGGUUUGGAUGUCAUGCGCUGGUUGCACAACAAGGAUGCUGAGCCCGACAUCGACUACCUUGUCUCCGCACCCGUUAGUUUCCCCCUGAUUGGUCUUACACAGCUCGCACACUUUGUUGUGACUUGCAGAGUCCUCGGUACUCACCCCGGAACUGUGCGCGACAGACUGAGCGGUACCACUGGUCACUCUCAGGGCGUUGUGACUGCCGCAGCCAUUGCGGCCUCUAAGAGCUGGGAAUCAUUUGACAAGGCUUCAAGAGAUGCCCUCUCCAUCCUGUUCUGGAUCGGCUCGCGCAGUCAGCAAGCAUACCCCCGUACUUCGCUGGCUCCUUCGACUCUCCAGGACUCGAUUGACAGCGGCGAGGGAACCCCCACCCCUAUGCUUUCUAUCCGUGACCUCACCCGUGAGGCUGUCCAGACACACAUUGAUGCCACCAACCAGCAUUUGCCCGAAGACCGCCACAUUGCUAUCUCGCUGGUCAACAGCGCCCGCAACUUUGUCGUUACCGGUCCCCCCAUGUCUCUUUACGGUUUGAACCUCCGCCUCCGCAAGGUCAAGGCUCCUACUGGUCUUGACCAGACCCGCAUUCCCUUCACCGACCGCAAGGUUCGCUUCGUCAACCGCUUCUUGCCCAUCACCGCUCCUUUCCACAGCAAGUACCUCUCAGAGGCCGAUACCCACCUCCAACAAGAUCUCAAGGAUAUUGUCAUUCCUAGCUCUGACCUCGGAAUUCCUCUCUUCGAUACCAACACCGGCAAGGACAUCAGCCAGGUCAGCGCCGACAACAUCGUUCCUCAGCUUGUGCGCAUGAUCACCCAAGACUCAGUCAACUGGGAGACCGCAACUGUCUUCCCCAGAGCUACCCACGUCCUCGACUUUGGUCCUGGUGGCAUUUCUGGUCUUGGUGUUCUCACCAACCGCAACAAGGAUGGUACCGGUGUUCGUGUCAUUCUUGCUGGCACCAUGGACGGCACCAACGCCGAAGUUGGCUACAAGCCCGAGAUCUUCGACCGUGACGCCGAACACGCUGUCAAGUACGCUGUUGACUGGGUCAAGGAGCACGGUCCCAAGCUUGCCCGUACAUCCGCUGGUCAGACCUUCGUUGACACCAAGAUGAGCCGCAUGCUCGGUCUCCCCCCUGUCAUGGUUGCUGGUAUGACCCCUUGUACCGUCCCUACCGACUUCGUCUCUGCCACCAUGAACGCUGGUUACGAGAUCGAACUUGCUGGUGGUGGUUAUUUCACUGAUGCUAAGAUGACCGCCGCCAUUGCCGAGAUUGAGAAGUCUAUCCCUGCUGGUCGUGGUAUCUCCAUCAACCUGAUCUACGUCAACCCUCGCGCUAUGGCCUGGCAAAUUCCUAUGAUCGCCAGACUUCGUGCUGAUGGUGUCCCGAUCGAGUCUCUUACCAUUGGUGCCGGUGUUCCUUCCAUCGAGGUUGCCAACGAGUACAUCCAGACUCUUGGUAUCAAGCGCAUCGCCUUCAAGCCUGGUUCAGUCGAGGCCAUUCAGUCAUGUAUCAACAUCGCCAAGGCCAACCCUGGCUUCCCUGUCAUCAUGCAGUGGACUGGUGGUCGCGGUGGUGGUCACCACUCUUUCGAGGACUUCCACCAACCUAUGUUCCAGAUGUACGGCAGAAUCCGCAAGUGUCCUAACCUCGUCCUCAUUGCUGGAAGUGGUUUCGGUGCUGCCGAGGACACUUACCCUUACCUGACUGGUCAAUGGGCAAGCAAGUUCGGCUACCCUCCCAUGCCCUUCGAUGGUGUCUUGUUCGGUAGUCGUGUCAUGGUCGCCAAGGAGGCCAAGACCGCCCCUGCUGCAAAGCAGGCCAUCGUUGAUGCCCCUGGUCUCGACGAUGCCGACUGGGAGAAGACCUACAAGGGAGCCGCUGGUGGUGUCAUCACUGUCCGCUCCGAGAUGGGUGAGCCUAUUCACAAGCUCGCCACUCGUGGUGUCCUCUUCUGGGCCGAGAUGGACCAGAAGAUCUUCUCUCUUGACAAGGCCAAGCGUCUUCCAGAGCUCAAGAAGAACCGCGAGCACAUUAUCAAGAAGCUCAACGACGAUUUCCAGAAGGUCUGGUUUGGUCGCAACUCUGCCGGUGUCUCCGUCGACCUCGAGGACAUGACCUACGCCGAGGUUGUUCACCGCAUGGUCGAGUUGAUGUACGUCAAGAAGGAGAAGAGAUGGAUCGAUCCUUCUCUCGCCAGACUCACUGCCGACUUCAUCCGCCGCACUGAGGAGCGCUUCACCUCCACCGCCAACAAGAGCUCGCUCGUCCAGAACUACGCUGAGAUGAACGAGCCAUUCGCCGUGGUCGAGAAGUUCCUUGCUGCUUACCCUGAAGCCGAGAAGCAGCUCAUCAACGCUCAGGAUGUUCAGCACUUCAUUCAACUUUGCCAGCGCCAAGGUCAGAAGCCUGUGCCUUUCGUGCCUGCUCUGGAUGCCAGCUUCGAAUUCUUCUUCAAGAAGGAUUCCCUCUGGCAGUCUGAGGAUCUCGCUGCUGUUGUCGAUGAGGACGUUGGUAGAACUUGUAUUCUUCAGGGUCCUAUGGCCGUCAAGUACUCUACCAAGGUUGACGAGCCCAUCAAGGAUAUCCUUGACGGUGUCCACGAGGGUCACAUCCAGUACUUGCUCAAGGACGUCUAUGGUGGUGAUGAGUCCAAGAUCCCCGUUGUCGAGUACUUCGGCGGUAAGCUUCUUGAGGCAAGCGAUGAGAUUGAUGUCGAGGGCCUCACCGUGUCUGAGCUUAACAACAAGGUCAUGUACCGCCUGUCUGCCUCGCCCAGUGCUACCCUCCCCAAGUUGGACUCAUGGUUGUCUCUGCUUGCUGGUAAGACAUACUCUUGGAGACAUGCUUUCUUCACCGCAGAUGUCUUCGUUCAGGGUCAGAGAUUCUACACCAACCCCAUGCAGCGCAUCUUCGCGCCUGCCCCUGGUAUGAUGGUCGAGGUCAACUACCCCUCAGACCCUAGCAAGACUGUCAUCACCGUCAAGGAGCCCACUUCGAGCGGCAAGUUCGUCCAGACUAUCGAGAUUGGCCCUAUGGUCAACAACGAGAUCAGCGUCAAGCUUAUCGAGGAGCGUUCCGCCACUCACUCUGCUGUUGCUCUGCCCCUGAAGUUCACUUACCACCCUGAGACCGGCUACGCCCCUAUCAGAGAGGUCAUGGAGGCUCGCAACGACCGCAUCAAGGAGUUCUACUACAAGAUCUGGUUUGGCGAUGCUGAUGUUCCCUUCGACACUCCUGUCACCUCUCGCUUCGAUGGUGGCAGAGCUACUGUUACUAGCGAGGCCAUCAACGACUUUGUUCACGCAGUUGGCAACACUGGUGAGGCUUUCGUCGACCGUCCUGGCAAGGAGGUCUUCGCUCCCAUGGACUUUGCCAUUGUCGUCGGCUGGAAGGCCAUCACCAAGCCUAUCUUCCCUCGCAAGAUUGAUGGUGAUCUUCUCAAGCUUGUCCACCUUUCCAACGGCUUCCGCAUGAUCCCUGGCGCCGCUCCUCUGAAGAAGGGCGACGUCCUCGACACUACUGCUGAGGUCAACGCUGUCAUCAACCAAGCUUCUGGUAAGAUGGUCGAGGUCUGCGGUACCAUCACCCGUGACGGCCAGCCUGUCAUGGAGGUCACCAGUCAGUUCCUGUACCGUGGCGCCUACACCGACUUCGAGAACACUUUCCAGAGAAAGACCGAGAAGCCCAUGCAGAUCACUCUCGCUACUAGCAAGGACGUCGCAGUCCUCCAGUCUAAGGAGUGGUUCCGCCUUGAGGACACCGAGAUUGACCUCCUCGGCCAGACUUUGACUUUCCGCCUGCAGAGCUUGGUUCGUUACAAGAACGAAAACGUCUUCAGCACUGUCGAGACCGUUGGUCAGGUCGAGAUCGAACUGCCUAGCAAGGAAAUUAUCCAGCUCGCAUCGGUCGAGUACGAGGCUGGUGUCUCCCACGGCAACCCCGUCAUUGACUAUCUCGAGCGUAACGGAUCUGCCAUUGACCAGCCCGUCAACUUCGAGAACCCUAUCCCGCUGAAUGGCAAGACUCCUCUUGAGCUCAAGGCACCCGCAUCGAACGAAACCUACGCCAAGGUUUCAGGCGAUUACAACCCCAUCCACGUUUCUCGUGUCUUCUCCAAGUAUGCCAACCUCCCUGGCACCAUCACUCACGGCAUGUACUCCAGUGCUGCCGUCAGAAGCCUCGUCGAGACAUGGGCAGCCGAGAACAACGUUGGUCGCGUUCGCAGCUUCCACGUCAACCUUGUCGGUAUGGUCCUUCCCAACGACACCAUCCAGGUCAGCCUUCAGCACAUCGGUAUGGUCUCUGGUCGCAAGAUCAUCACAGUUGAGGCCCGCAACAAGGAGACCGAGGACAAGGUCCUUAUUGGUGAGGCAGAGGUUGAGCAACCUGUCUCUGCCUACGUCUUCACUGGUCAAGGUUCUCAAGAACAGGGUAUGGGUAUGGAGCUGUACGCAAGCAGCCCUGUCGCCAAGGAGGUCUGGGACAGAGCAGACAAGCAUUUCCUUGACAACUAUGGUUUCGCCAUCACCAACAUUGUCAAGAACAACCCCAACGAGAUGACUGUUCACUUCGGUGGACCUCGUGGUAAGGCCAUCCGUCAAAACUACAUGUCUAUGACAUUCGAGACGGUAGCCGCCGAUGGCAGCAUCAAGUCGGAGAAGAUCUUCAAGGAGAUCAACGAGUCUACUACCUCAUACACAUACCGUUCGCCUACCGGUCUGCUGUCUGCCACACAGUUCACUCAGCCCGCACUUACCCUGAUGGAGAAGGCUUCCUUCGAGGACAUGCGCUCCAAGGGUCUUGUGCAGCGUGACAGCAGUUUCGCUGGUCACUCUCUUGGAGAGUACUCUGCUCUUGCAGCCAUGGCAGAGGUCAUGCCUAUUGAGAGUUUGGUAUCCGUUGUGUUCUACCGUGGUCUGACCAUGCAAGUCGCUGUCGAGCGUGACGAGGCUGGCCGCUCAAACUACUCCAUGUGCGCCGUCAACCCUUCGCGCAUUGGCAAGACAUUCACCGAGCAGGCUCUCCAGUACGUUGUUGAGAACAUCGCAGAGACCACUGGCUGGCUUCUGGAGAUUGUCAACUACAACAUUGCCAACAUGCAGUACGUUGCCGCUGGUGACCUGCGUGCACUCGACUGCUUGGCCAAUGUCCUCAACUACCUCAAGGUGCAGAAGAUUGACAUCCAAUCGUUGAUGCAGACCAUGUCUCUCGAGGAUGUCAAGAGCCACCUUGUCGAGAUCAUCAAGGGAUGUGCUGAGCAAACCGAGGCCAAGCCUAAGCCUCUGGACCUCCAGCGCGGUUUCGCCACCAUCCCUCUCAAGGGUAUCGAUGUGCCUUUCCACAGUACCUUCCUGCGUUCGGGUGUCAAGCCCUUCCGUUCCUUCUUGCUCAAGAAGAUCAACAAGACUAGCAUCGAUCCUAGCAAGCUCGUUGGCAAAUACAUUCCCAACGUCACCGCCAGGCCAUUCGAAAUCACAAAGGAGUACUUCGAGGAUGUGUACCGUCUGACAAACUCGCCCAAGAUUGGCAACAUUCUGGCCAACUGGGAGAGUUACGUUAAUGACGACGGUAGCAAGCCCGCUCCUGCGGCAUAG